CCCUGUGUCUUUUCUUUGCAUGCAGCAAUCUGCUUGCCAGGAUGUGAUGAGCAGCAUGGGUUUUGUGACAAGCCAGGGGAAUGCAAGUGCAGAGUAGGCUGGCAGGGCCGGUACUGUGACCAGUGCAUUCGGUACCCAGGCUGUCUGCAUGGCACCUGCCAGCAACCCUGGCAGUGCAACUGCCAGGAAGGCUGGGGGGGCCUUUUCUGCAACCAGGACCUGAACUACUGCACACACCAUAAGCCUUGCAAGAAUGGGGCCACCUGCACCAACACGGGCCAGGGAAGCUACACCUGCUCAUGUCGGCCUGGGUACACAGGGGCCAACUGCGAGACAGAGGUUGAUGAGUGUGGCACAAGCCCCUGCAGGAACGGGGGGAGCUGCACGGACCUUGAGAACAGCUACUCGUGCACCUGCCCCCCUGGCUUCUACGGCAGAAUCUGUGAGCUGAGCGCCAUGGCAUGUGCAGACGGCCCGUGCUUCAACGGAGGACGGUGCUCAGACAACCCUGAGGGGGGGUACACCUGCCGCUGCCCUCUGGGCUUCUCCGGCUUUAACUGUGAGAAGAGGUUGGACUCCUGCAGCUCUUCACCCUGUUCUAAUGGUGCACAGUGCGUGGACCUCGGCGAUACUUACCUGUGCCGCUGUCAGGCUGGCUUCUCCGGGCGGCACUGCGACGACAACGUGGAUGACUGUGCCCACUCCCCCUGCGCCAACGGGGGCACCUGCCGGGAUGGUGUGAACGAGCACUUCUGCACCUGCCCGCCUGGGUACACAGGCCGGAACUGCAGCGCGCCUGUCAGCAGGUGUGAGCACGCUCCCUGCCACAACGGGGCCACCUGCCACGAGAGGGACCGCCGUUACCUGUGUGAGUGCGCCCAUGGCUAUGGGGGCCCCAACUGCCAGUUCCUGCUGCCCGAGCCGGGCCCGGGCCCUGCGCUGGUGGACCUCACGGAGCAGUACGUGGAGCGCCCGGCCGGGGCCUUCCCCUGGGUGGCCGUGGCUGCGGGGGCCGUGCUGGUCCUCACGCUGCUGCUGGGCUGCGCUGCCAUGGUAGUCUGUGUGCGGCUGAGGCUGCGGAAGGGCCGGCCGGCCGCCGAUACGGGCCGCAGGGAGACGGAGACCAUGAACAACCUGGCCAACCGCCAGCACGAGAAGGGCGUCUCCGUGAGCGUCGUCGGGGCCGCGCAGAUCAAGAACACCAACCAGAAGGCCGACCUCCACGGGGACCCCGGCGCGGACAGGCACGGCCUUAAGGCCCGCUACCCGUCGGUGGACUACAACCUGGUGCAGGGCCUCAAGGGCGAGGCCGCCCCCGCCGGGGACCCGCACGGCAAGCGGGAGGAGAAGGGCGCCCCGGGCCUGCAGGGCGGAGACGCGUCCGACGGGAAAAGGCCGGACCCUGUGUAUUCCCCUUCGAAGGACACGAAGUACCAAUCGGUGUACGUCAUAUCGGAGGGGAAGGACGAGUGCGUCAUAGCGACCGAGAAUUCCAAGGAUAAAUGCCCCAACGUAUGCUGCUGAGAGGACAGGGAGGCCCCCUCCGCCUGCCGCCGAGGAGCCCGUCCGGACGGCGCCGGCCUCUUCCCGACGCCCGAGGCCCGAGGCGCUGCCUCUGACCGUGUUUCCGUUGCACUAUGGACAGUUGCUUUUUAGAAAAUAUAUAUUUAAAUGAAUGGACUUAAUUCCUACAUAAGAAGCAUGCACUGCCUGAAGUGUAUAUUUUGGAUUCUUAUGAGCCAGUCUUUUCUUGAAUUAGAAUCACAAACACUGCCUUUAUCGUCCUUUUUGAUACUAAAAUGUGUUUUUUUUCUAGAUGGAAAAAAAAUGUGUGUUAUUUUUUGGACUUGUAAAAAUAUUUUUCAUGAUAUCUGUAAAGCUUGAGUAUUUUGUGAUGUUCAUUUUUUUAUAAUUUAAAUUUUUGGUAAAUAUGUACAAAGGCACUUCGGGUCUAUGUGACUAUAUUUUUGUGUAUAUAAAUGUAUUUAUGGAAUAUUGUGCAAAUGUUAUUUGAGUUUUUUACUGUUUUGUUAAUGAAGAAAGUCCUUUUUAAAAUAUUUUUCCAAAAUAAAUAUUAUGAAUGAUGA